AUGUCUUUCAGCCAGGCCAAUCAUCGAUCACUCGCACGGCUGUGCUCUUCGAUAGCGUUACAUCGACCCGUCGCUUCAGCAUCCUCAAUACGACUCCCAAAUUCCCGGUCGUUCGCCUCUCGCAAGCCCGCUGGCAAAGAAAAGAAUAGCAAACACAAGGUCACCACAGAUGAUCUCAUCCCGGGCUCGCAGCUGAAAGCAGCUGGUGAAGAGUACACGAAGGCGGAGGAGCGGAUGAAAGCCAUUCUGGAGAAAUACAGGAAAGACGUCGUCGCGCUCGAGAUGCGCGCAAGUGGCCGCGUUACCCCCGCGGUGCUUGCGCCGGUGCGGGUGCUGCUGAAGGGUGCGGAGAAGGCUGUGCGUCUGGAGGAGAUCGCGACCGUCGGCGUGCGCGAGGGCACCAUGUUGAUAGUCACUGUGUUUGAGGAGCAGUCGCUGAAAUACGUGGAGCAAGCGAUCUAUGACGCGAAGAUCCCCCAUGUCAUCCCGCAGAAGAUGGACAAUCGCACCAUUAAGGUUCCCAUGCCGAAACCAACGGUGGAAAGCCGUAACGAGAUGUUAGCUGCGGCACAGAAACAGGCAGAAGACGCACGCGUGCAUAUCCGCAAGCAACAGCAAGCUAGCUUGAAGAAGGGUAACUACACCAAAUAUUCGCCUCAGACGGAGGAGAUCCAAUCAUUGACCACGAAGUAUCUUUCUGAAAUAGACAAGGUCCUGGCGGAUGUCAAGAAAAGCACUGUCCAGAAGUAA